UUAGUGGAGAGUGUGAUACGUUGUCCAACAAGAAAGAAGAAAUGGAAAAUAAGCUGUUGAUUAUUGAAAUUGGAUUCAGUAUCGUUGAUUGAUUUCAAGUGCAUAUAUCUAGAUUAUUUUGACAUGUUACGGGCCAAAAAUACUAUAGUUUUGUGAUAUAUAAAAUGGAGUUACGUAUCUGCUAUAACGAGCUAAAAAAAAUAUCCAUAAAAAUAGCAUACAAAAAAGUGUUCUCUCUGUGAAAACAAUUUCUCCCCCCCAGCAAAUUGUAAAUUUUACUGAGCCGGAGAGCCGCCAGCAUCUGUUUUUCAUUUCUCUGGUGAAAUGUUUCAGCUGUCAAACAUAAUUUAUCCAAAUUGUUUCUGAGCUGAAUCUGAAUCCAAGGGGGAACGACAGAGCAGCUGCGCUCAGUCGCUUUUCUCAGCUCAGCUCAGCUCAGCUACUAAUUGGCUUUAGUAAUUAAAAAACGCGCAAAAUAUGGGCAGAGAUUCAGCCCAUUUCUUUCCAUUUCAUCGCAGCGUGAGGGCGUGAAGUGAAUGCAAGUGGUGCGAGUGCGGAUCAACACAAUGCUGGAGGUCGACAAAAUACUGGAGAAAUGCGGCGACUGCAAUCGGCUGCAGCUGCUGAUGCUGCUGCUCUUCUGUUUGAUCAAUAUGCUGUCUGCCCUGCACUACUACUCCCAGACGAUCAUCAGUUUCGUGCCCAAAUACUGGUGUGCAGAUGGUCUGCCAGAUGCAGGAGGAGGAGGCCAGCAGCCACCCAGUGAAUCAAGCUGCCAUUCUUUGGCACAGAAUGCAUCUGCAAGUACCUGCCACAACUAUGACUACGAGCUCUUCAUGGGCUACGAGAGCUUCACUUCGGACAUGAACUGGAUCUGUGCGGACGCCUGGAAGCUGACGCUCGGCCAGUCGAUGUUCUUUGUGGGUUCCGUGGUGGGCACCCUGGUGUUGGGCUUCCUCGCGGAUGUGGUGGGGCGUCUGCCCAUUCUCGUGGUGGCCAAUAUGAUUGCAAUGGUCGGCAAUCUGCUCACCAUUUGGGGCACUAACCUCACGCUCUUUUGUGUGUUUCGUUUGGUCUCUGGCUUUGCCACGGACAGUAACUUUGUCAUGAUGUAUAUAUUGGUUAUGGAAUACAUGCGUCCCUCCUUGCGCACAGUGGGCCUCAGCCUGUGCAUUGGUUUCUUCUAUUGCCUGGGCUCCAUGGCCGCUCCCUGGAUUGCUGUCCUGAUGCGCAGCUGGCAGGGUUUUCUCUUGGCCACCUCGCUGCCCUUCCUGCUGGUGCCUUUCUUCUAUCUCAUCGUACCCGAGAGCGUCCAGUGGCUGAUCUCCAAGCAGAAGUACGACCGGGCGGUGGUCUGCCUCAAGCGCGUGGCCAAGAUCAAUGGCCGGCAGGUGGAGGAGAGCAGCUACCAGGAGUUCAUCGACGAGUGUAAGUUCAGUCAGCAGCACACCAAAGCCAGGCCCAAUCUGCUGGAUCUCUUCAAGACCCCACGUCUGCGCCGGAACACGCUCAUUCUCUUCUUCAAAUCCAUGGUCAUUACCCUCUGCUACGAUGCCGUCUCGCGGAACGUUCAAGGCCUUGGCAUUUCGCCAUUUCUGAUGUUCUCGCUGAGCGCCACAACAAUUCUGCCCGCCUGCCUGCUGAUCAUCGCCCUGCAAGAUCGCAUCGGCCGCAAGGCCAUGGCCUCCAUAUCGCUGCUGCUGAGCGGCAUAUUCAUCUCGGUGACGGGUGGCAUACUCUUUGCUGCCCCUGCCACCGAUAAGACCACAACUCUGCUCGUCAGCCUCUCUGUUGUGGGUCGCUUUGGUGUGACGGUGGCCUACAAUUCGGGCGCUCAGUAUGCCACCGAAUUGAUUCCCACCUGUGUGCGGGGUCAGGGCGUGGCUGCGGUGCAUGUGGCAGGCUAUGCCUUCACCUUCUUCAGCGCUUUUAUACUCUACACGCGCAGCAUCUUCUACCCCAUGCCGGAGAUCAUUCUGGGCCUGAUCUCUCUGCUCGGCGCCUGUCUGUGUCUGCUGCUCCCAGAGACGCUGCACCGGACGCUGCCCACAUCCCUGGAGGAUGGCGAGAACUUUGGCAAAAACGAUCGCUGGUUCUCCUUCAGCUUCACGGAGCAACGAACGCAAUCGGCCACCACUUUGGCCUCGGGACACCACAGCACCAAGCACCAUUUCGAACUCCACAGAUUCGGCGGUUUACUUUUGAUUAGUUUUUAAGCUGGGAUGCAAGCAAUUGCAAUUGAUCUUCAAUGUAGUCGUAGACCCUCUUUAGCAGAUGUCACUGUUUAAGUCAAGGUAUUAUAUACCACUCAAUCGAAUAAACAUAACGAUAGACACACACA